AUGCGUCCAACUUCUCCCUUUCAUCAAGUUAAUGAGCUUUCGCUUAUUUGCUCCCAAAGUUGGGGUUGUGGUUCUCCUGAUCGUUUGGACCAAGAGCUAUCUUCAGGAGCUGACCCCAACAAUCAGCCAGAGAGAGCCCAUGAAUUACUCUCUUCUGUUGAGCCACUUUGGGAUGCUCGAGAUCCACCGCCACAGUUUGAGCGGUAUGGAGAGCAGUUUCAGCCUCCUCUUUACUGUGCUGCCAACACAUUCUCCAGCAAGCCAGUGUUCAAGAAUGAAAGACUGAAAAUGAUCGUUUCCCUUCUUCGGCAUGGAUCCGACCCGUUUCUUGAAUUUCCGCAAGCUCUACGGAGUCCCAGACAUUCCUCUAGAAGCAGAUCGCCGUUCCCGGGUGAGGACCCUCCACGAACUCCAGUUGCAGACUACCGCCUUGGAAUCAAUAGCCUAGAAGAGUCGUUGGAAGAGGAUGAUCGUCCGCACUUUUCAGAUGAUGAGUGGGAGAGUGAGGAACCAACGCCUGUUUGGGGUGCUCGGCAUCUCAUACACGCCAUCAUCGAGGAUGGGAUUUGGCUGAAGCCUUUGAUGGACUAUCCCGGCUUUCUGGAAUCUUUAGACCUUGAACAUCGUGAUCCCCAAGGACGUACACUCCUGCUCAGUGCGUGUCGAAGUGCAGCUGGAGCCGACAUACUUGCGGGGACCGCUUUGGUGGAUGUUGAUUGGAGGGCGGAAAAAGGAGAAGCAGGCCAGAAGUUCUUUCCAAGUUGGGAUCGAUUUUUGGGGCCGAGUGAGUCAGACUUCUCAGAGCCAGGCUCGGAAUCUUUGAUUGAAGUAUUUCUCCGGCUUGGAGCGGACCCUCUCGCGGUAGACAAUCAAGGCAAAAACGCGUUGCAUCACCUCCUCGUCGAAGUCAGUAAUGAUCGAGAUGCGGAUUUACCCAUAGUUCGGCGUUCUUUACGCAUCUUUUCGUCGAGAUACCAGUCUUUGGUCGACCAACCUGAUCACCAUGGAACAUAUCCACUACACGCAGCUCUUCGGCGGAUGCGCCUCCAUCCCCUAGCUGAAAGCCGUUACCCCCUUGUCAUGGCAGAGCCUCUUGGGUGUGUCGAGGAUCUUAUAAGAGCUGGCGCUGAUCCUCGGGCCAAAGACAAAAAGGGCAAUACCGCGCUGCAUUACUUAGCUGAUGACGAUUUGACUGCCAUCUGGUACGGGACAGAAAAGCGACGACUGUUCUAUGACCUGUUAAAGAUAGCGUUCGGCGAUGAUAUAAAUAUGCGAAACAACGCUGGAAAGACUGUGGCAGAGCUCAUAUUGGACGAUAAUGGCCAUAUGGACGACGAUAAGUCAAAUGCUUUUCACUCUUCUGACGAGGACGAGGAUCAAGAUCUCCGAACUUGGCUAGACGUCGAUACUGAUGUUCUCGAGGCUUUGGACGAGGCCGGCUAUGAUUGGAAGGCCAAGACGUCAGAAGGUGGAAACCUAUUACACAUUGUUGCGCGAUCUGGGCUCGACCAGCGCAGAUUGGUUUUGAGGAGUCGAUUUCUGGUGCAAAAGGGAAUCGAUGCAAAUGAACCAGAUGCAGAUGGUUGGACAGCGAGGAAAAUCGCAGAGCAUUACAAGUUGAACAAGGUCGGGUUCUAUGCGGAGCUUGAAAGGCUGGAGCAGGGUGAGGUUGAGGAGUACUGGAGGACAUGGAGUUAA